UUUCAUUAUAACUCUGUGAAGUAAUCCUCGAUAAAUUAUGUCAUCCAAAAUUUGGGUUUGGAAGAAAGUUCCUGGUAUAGUCGGUCGAUGUAACGAUGUCAUUUAUUCACGUCCGAAAACACCUCCGAGCCAGGAUCUUCUUUUAUAUUUUGGGGGAGAUGUUCAAGACAUUCAGGAGAAUAUGGAACAACAUUCAGAUAGUAAAAAGUAUAUAGAAUGGAAUUUGCAAAAUACUGCUCAUAUACUAUCAACAAACUUCCCCAAAAAACAUAUAAUUGUCAUUCGUCCAUCGAGAAUAUAUGUAACAAUGCAUGCUUUGUUUAGCUGUUUUGAUAACUUUGUACCAGGAAAUGAAUAUGGUAUCCCAUCGUACCUUCCAACACAUAAUGGUUUAAAACAUUUACAUGAAUUGGUAAAAUCAUGUUUGGAUCAUAUUAAGACAUGCAGUGGUAAUGAGGAUCCUAGUCUUUUCAGUAUUGAGAAAAUAAAAUUAACAUUAAUGGGCUUUAGCAAAGGCUGUGUUGUUUUAAAUCAGUUGCUUCACGAGUUUCAUUACUACCAAAGAAAAUCAAAACCUGAUGUUGAAAUUAAUAAUUUUACAAAACUUAUUGAAAGUAUAUGGUGGUUAGAUGGUGGACAUGCAGGAACUAAAGAUACAUGGAUCACAGAUAAAUCCAUCUUGGAAUCAUUUGCAAAAUUAAGGAUAAAUGUUCACGUACAUGUUACACCAUAUCAAGUUCAAGAUUCUAGUCGUCCGUGGAAUCGCGAAGAGGAAAACCGAUUUUCUACUACUUUGAAAAAUAUCGGAGUUCCCAUAAAACGGGAAUUACAUUUCACGGAUAAACCAAGAAGUUUGCUGCUUCAUUUUAACGUUAUCAAAGCUGUUGGUAAUUGCACACAGUAAGGUUGUGAUAUUUGCCUCAUUUAUUUUA